AUGGCGCACCUAGGCCCCGGCAAGACGGCAAGCAGCAAGGAGCAGACAGGCCUGCGCUACCCGUCCAAUGGCAAGACCAUCUACCACCGACCACUCAACCGUACCAAGGCGGCCGAGCUCAGCCAGUCCAGUUUUGCCUACCUCUUUUCCGAGAUGGUGACCUACGCACAGCGGCGGGUAACAGGCAUCCAAGAGCUCGAGAAGCGCCUCAACGUACAAGGCCACCCCAUCGGGCUAAAACUCCUCGACCUGCUGCUGAUGCGCGAGCCGCCGCGGACGCAGACGCGGCCGCUGACCAUCAUCGCGCUGCUGCACUUCAUCAAGAUCAACCUGUGGACGCACCUGUUCGGGCGGCAGGCGGACCGGCUCGAGAAGAGCUCCAAUCCGGACACACCCGACGAGUACAUGAUCGUCGACAACGAGCCCGUCGUUAACGCCUACAUCAGCGUGCCGCGCGAGAUGAGCCAGCUCAACUGCGCCGCCUUCAUCGCGGGCAUCAUCGAGGGCGUGUGCGACGGCGCCAUGUUCCCCGCGCGCGUGACCGCGCAUAGUGUGGGGGGUAAAGAGGAGGGCGAGAUGUGGCCUGGGAAGACGGUGUUUUUGGUCAAGUUCCAGCCGGAGAUUCUGGAGAGGGAGGCGUUGCUCGGGAAGUCGUGA